GAUGAUACGUAGUGGACUAAACUUGGUGUAGAAGGAGAAAGAUAAAGAUAACGAUAGAGAGAGAGACAUGGAAGCUUUGAAAACCGCUAGCUUUAGUCCUACGUCGGUUUUAUCCGACAAGAGAUCAGAAACACGAAAGCCCUUCUCGCUCCCUAGCCUCUUUCCACCGAAGCCACCGAAACCAAUCUCCCAAGAAAGCUUAUUCAGGAGCUUCAAUGGCGGAUUGGCUCUUCUAACCUCUGUUCUAAGCAGUGCAACAGCUCCUGCAAAGUCCCUGACGUACGAGGAAGCUCUGCAACAAUCUACGACCUCUCCUUCAUCUUUUGAUUCAGAUGGCUUGAUCGAUGGGAUAUCAAGUUUCGUCACAGACAAUCCUCUGGUUAUUGCUGGUGGAGUUGCUGCAUUUGCUGUUCCGUUUGUCCUGUCUCAGGUUCUGAACAAAAAGCCCAAAACUUUUGGGGUUGAGUCUGCAAAGAAUGCUUAUACCAAGUUGGGUACUGAUGAAAAUGCUCAGCUGCUUGACAUAAGAGCCGCUGCUGAUCUCAGACAAGUGGGCAGUCCUAAUAUUAAGGGUUUAGGUAAAAAGACGGUUUCAGCUGUUUAUAACGGAGAAGACAAGCCUGGUUUCUUGAAGAAGCUUUCCUUGAAGUUUAAAGAUCCUGAGAACACCACAUUGUUCAUUCUUGACAAGUUUGAUGGAAACUCCGAGCUUGUUGCCGAACUGGUGGCACUUAAUGGAUUCAAAUCUGCUUACGCUAUUAAAGAUGGUGCAGAAGGACCUAGAGGCUGGGUGAAUAGCGGCUUGCCUUGGAUAGAGCCAAAGAAGAAUCUCAGUCUUGAUUUGAGCAGUUUGACUGAUAGUAUCAGCGGUGUAUUUGGCGAGAGUUCUGAUGGUGUCUCUGUAGCAAUUGGAGUAGCUGCUGCUGCUGGAUUAAGUGUUUUAGCAUUUACAGAGAUUGAAACCAUACUCCAACUACUAGGUUCAGCUGCACUUGUUCAGCUUGCAGGCAAUAAACUUCUAUUUGCUGAGGAUAGAAAACAAACUCUAAAACAAGUGGAUGAGUUCUUGAACACAAAGGUUGCACCUAAAGAACUUGUUGAUGAGUUAAAGGACAUAGGAAAGGCUUUUCUUCCUUUAUCAACAAGCAGCAAAGCUCUUCCCCCACCAGCAGCAGAAGCAGCUACAACCACCACUGUGGAUGAAAAAGAACCUGAGCCAGCAAUCAAAGUCGCCACUGCACAAGUAAACUCAGAGCCAGCGAUAGAGGCUGCCACUGCACAAGUAAUCACAGAACCAACAAAAACAGAAGCCAAACCGAAACCUUAUCCAAGACCAUUAUCUCCAUAUGCAUCGUACCCAGACUUGAAGCCUCCAACAUCUCCCACACCAUCACAUCCCUGA